AUGUCCCAAAAGAUGCAGCUCAGCGCCCCGGCCGAAGACAGCUUCAACAAGCUGGAUGGGAGGUUCAAGGGCAGCUCCAUGCGUGUGGCCAAGCCCAAGACAUCGCCUCCUUCCAGCUGCUUUGCUUGCCUUUCAUGGCCGAAGCCCAAGGAGCGCGAGGUGGAUGUCAUUCUCAUCGGCGCCGGGGUCAUGAGCGCGACCGUGGGCGUCAUGCUGAAGGAGCUGGAGCCGGACUGGAAGAUGAUGAUGUUCGAGCGCCUGGGCGCACCGGGUGAGGAGAGCUCCAAUGGUUUCAACAAUGCAGGCACUGGGCACGCAGGUUUCAUGGAGCCAAACUACACCAAAGAAGUGAAGAAUGCUGACGGUACUCUCAAGACUGUCACCACCGAUAAAGUCGAGCAUGUGUGCGAGCAGUUCUUGAGCAGCCGCCAGUACUGGGAGCACCUCACCCGCAAGGGUCUGCUUCCAGCGCCCGAGAGCUGGAUCCACCAGACCAACCACAUCGCGCUUGGUGUGGGCCAGGAUCAGGUUGAGUUCAUAAAGAAACGCUACGAAGCCAUGAAGGACAACCCGCUCUUCAGGAGCAUGGAGAUCUGCCUGCCAGAAGAGAAGGCGAAGGCUAAGGAGUGGGCCCCGCUGGUCGUCAACGGCCGAGACCCGGCUGAGCCGAUUUGCAUGACAAAGGUCCCCCAUGGAACAGAUGUGGACUAUGGCGCCUUGACCAAGGCAAAGAUUGUGGCCUUCCAGGAGCUCGGUGGUGACCUCCGCUUGCACACUGAGGUGAAGGACCUGAAGAAGGGCUCUGAUGGCAAGUGGACGGUGACCACUUGCGUGAAUGGCGCAGGCUCCGGCUGGGCCUACAACAAGGCGAAGUUUGUCUUCGUUGGCGCUGGUGGCUGGGCUCUGCUGAUGCUUCAAAAAGCUGGCAUCCCGGAGGUCAACGGCUACAUGGCUUUGCCUGUGACUGGUGACUGGGCGGUGUGUCAGAAUCCGGAGGUGGUUGCUCAGCACAAGGUGAAGGUCUAUGCUCCAGGUGCUCCUGGGGCCCCGCCAAUGUCGAUGCCCCACUUGGACUACCGGACAAUUGGUGGCAAGGAGAUGUUGCUCUUCGGGCCUUUUGGCUCAAUGACCAUGAAAUUCCUGCGGUAUGGCUCUGUGCUGGAUGCCUUCAGGGCGCUGAAGCCCCACAACAUCUUGCCGACCAUUGGCGCCCUGUCAAAAAACCUGAGCUUGGCCGUGAUGCUCAUGAAGGAUGUUUUCAAGUCCGGCGCCGGCAAGCUUCAUGACAUCCGGCACUACUAUCCAGAGGCUGAUCCGGAUGACUGGGUGUUCAUCCCAGCUGGGGUUCGUGCCCAAAUCAUCAAGAGAGACCCCAAGACUGGCAAGGGCAUGCUGCAGUUUGGCACGGAGGUCGUUUCCAACAAGGAAGGCACCAUUGUCGGGCUGCUUGGUGCAUCCCCAGGCCGGGGCUCUAAGAUACAUGUGGGAGUUUUUUUUCUCAAAGGUUACUGUUUUGGGUUGGGGCCCAAAAAGAGGGAAGGGAGACUUGUGGGAGGCAUAUAG